AUGAUCUCGCAAGUCCCAUGGUGGGUUUUCUCACUGAUCAGUGUCGCGGUGGUUAGUGCUGCGGUAGGAGGAGCCUAUGAAGAUCAGACUAAGGUUUACAUAGUCUACCUCGGAGCAGUAGAGCACAGUCAUCCGGAUCUCGUUACUGCUUCACAUAUCGGCAUGUUAGCAUCAUUGUUUGGAAGCGAAAAAGACGCAAGGGAAUCCAUGAUAUACAGUUAUCGACAUGGCUUCUCAGGAUUUGCUGCCCAUAUGACUGAUUGGCAAGCGAAAAAACUUUCAGAGCAUCCUGACGUAGUUCAAGUGACGCCGAAUCAUUACUACCAGAUGCAAACAACAAGAACCUUCGACUACUUGGGGCUUUACGAAAGCACUCCAAAACAGCUUCUCCUUGAUGCCAAUAUGGGUGAGGACGUCAUCAUAGGCGUCUUUGACUCAGGUGUGUGGCCAGAAUCAGAGUCGUUCAACGACAGAGGGUUAGGACCGAUCCCCGCACGUUGGAAAGGAAAGUGCGUUGACGGUGAAGGAUUUGAGUCCAAAAAACACUGCAACAAGAAACUAAUCGGAGCCCGUUACUACAUACAGAGCCACAUCCAGAAGAACAAAACAGAAGGUAUAACAUCUGACUACAUCGAGCAGAAAGAGUACAUGUAUGCAAGGGAUAGCUAUGCGCACGGGACUCACGUUGCCUCCAUAGCGGGAGGUGCCUUCGUCCCAAAUGUGACCAACACAGUUUUCGGAGUGGGGACGGCAAGAGGUGGGGCGCCUAGUGCCCACAUUGCCGUUUACAAAGUCUGUUGGAAAAGAGUCGGUUAUGGGGGAUGCGCCGCUAUGGACAUUCUUAAAGCCAUGGACGAUGCCAUAGAGGAUGGGGUGGACGUGAUGUCUCUAUCAUUAGCCAUGUCCAUCCCUGUACUCCCGGAAACAAACAACGAUAAUGAGAUCAUAUUUGGAGCCUUCCACGCAAUGUCAAAGGGUAUCCCAGUGCUAUGUGCAAGCGGAAAUGACGGCCCCACAGCUUACACAUUGGAUAAUAUUGCGCCAUGGGUAAUCACAGUGGCUGCAACCUCGCUGGACCGGUGGUUUCCUACACCGCUCCAUUUAGGGAAUAAUGUUACUAUACUGGCACGAGACCCGUACAAGGGAUUGGAAAUCCAAGCCGAUCUUAUUUACGUAGAUAGCCUCUACAAGAUCACAAGUGCGGCAAAAGGAAAAGUGGUGUUAGUUUUCUUGACGGAAAGUAAAGAAGUUGUUUAUAAAUAUAUCGAAAACAUUAGCAGAUUCGGAUUGAAGGCUGUAAUCGUUGCCUCCACAAGAGAUGAUAGUGUGGAUCAAGUCGUCGGUUUCCCCAUAAUAGUCAAUAUAGACUAUGAACAAGGAGCCACCAUGAUGAAUUACAUAAGUUCCACCAGCUCACCUACCAUAAAGAUAAGCUCUGCAAUCACACUCACUGGUCCACUUGUAGCCACUAAAGUUGCUGUCUUCUCAAGUAGAGGACCCAAUUCAGUAUCUCCAUACGUUCUAAAGCCUGAUGUAGCAGCUCCCGGUGUGGCUAUAUUGGCUGCUAGCACUCCAUCUAAAGCGGGUGCCGAGAAUGGGUUCAUUACUCUGUCCGGGACGUCAAUGUCCACGCCUGUGGUCGCCGGUGUGGUUGCGCUCCUCAGAACCAUUCAUCGUGACUGGUCUCCUGCAGCAAUUCAUUCCGCUCUCGUCACUACAGCUUCCACAACUGAUCCUUACGGAGAACCGAUCUUCGCUGACGGAUUGUCUGGGAAACUAGCCGAUUCGUUUGACUUUGGAGGGGGAUUGGUGAACCCGACCAAAGCAGCUGACCCCGGUCUUGUCUACGAUGCAUCCGUAGAAGACUACCUGCGGUUUCUAUGUUCUUCUGGGUACGAGGAGACGUCCAUCGGAAAAAUGGCAAACAGAAGUAGUAUGUAUCAUUGUCCUAGUCCUAGGCCAUCGAUGCUCGAGCUUAAUCUGCCGUCAAUAACCAUCCCUUUCCUCGAUGGAGAUGUAACGGUCACUAGAACCGUCACCAACGUUGGACCCAUCGACUCCAAAUAUACGGUCAUCGUUAAACCACCUUUGGGUGUCGAGAUCACCGUAACGCCCAACAUACUGUUCUUCAACUCCUUCGUCAAGAGGCUGAGCUUUGAAGUGACAGUCUCCACAACUCACAAGAGCAAUUCCAUCUACUACUUUGGAAGUAUAACUUGGACGGAUGGCUCCCACUUUGUCAGUAUACCCUUAUCUGUGAGGACAGAAAGAGUCAUGUAUUUCAACCAUUAAGUUUGGAAACAAAAUGAGUAUCUUAUUAACCUAAAGAUGCGUACUGUACAAGCCAUCUAUCUAUCUGUUGUAAUAAAGUUUCGUUU